AUGCUGUGGGACAUGAGGUCGUCGGACCUGUCGGCAAACGACCAGUUCCGGGUCGUGCGCAUCCUCCGCUGCUUCCGCGCCCUGCACAUGGUCCGCAUGCUGAAGCCCUUCCGGCGGCUCCGCGUGAUACUCUAUUCGGUGGUGGCGGUUUCGAUCAUGGCGUGUCUCAGCUCCCUGGUGUGGGCGCUCGUCCUCAUGUGCAUAAUGGUGUUCUUAGCUGCCAUUUACUUCGAGGACGUUGCGCUGCUGCACAUCCAGCUUCACAACAUGGGGCGCCACACGGUCAUCACGGUCGGUGAGUUUGAUGAGUUCAGAACGCUGAUCGCCACCAAUUGGGGCUGCAUGUUCGAUGCAUGGCUCUCGCUGCUGUACUCCGUCACGGGGGGCGCCGACUGGGCCUCGCUGGCGCUGCCCUUCUACAUGAUCAACCCGGUGCACUGCCUGCUGUACCUCAUGUGGGUCAUACUGAUCACGCUGGGGCUCGUCAACAUCACGGUGGGCGUCUUCGCCAGACAGGCCUCGCUGGAGCGGCGCGAGCUGCGGCAGCAUGGCCGUGGCAUCGAGCCGCCAUUCUUUAGCGGAGCCCGGAGCAGCGCCUCGCCGAUCUGUGCGGUGCGCCUCCUCGCGCUCGGUUCUGAGCUCAUCGUCUUUCCCCCAGAGCGGGACUUCUACCAGUGGGACCCGCACCUCAUUGUGGAGGGGGCUCACUCCGACCACGAGUCCACGAGGACUGUCCCGAGUCGGGGGACCGUCGAAGAAUGA